UGAAGUCUUCCAUCUGUUUUUUACUUUUAAAUAUAAAUAGAAAAAAAUAUUUGCAAAAUCACUAUUUCAAAGCCGUACGAUGUGAAACAGUGGCAUCGGAGGAAAAGAGCAAUGACUUGUUUGCAAAGUUGUCUGAAAAGGAUAAACUUUUUAUGUUAGUACAGUCUGAUUGAUAUGACCAAGGAAAUUGACUUGCAUCCGUCUGCAAAGACAGCGCAUAAAAAUACUUCAUCAAUUAAGAAAUUAUUUGGCCUUGCUGUAAGCACACAAGACGUUGCAGUACAAUCAGAAAACAGCAUUGCUUUGUAUACAGCGAGGAUAUUUCCAGAUAAAGACAAAAAAGCCAAUAUGAGCCAGGAUAAAAAUAUGUCAUCUUCAAAAGAUCUAAUUUCUAAUUUAACCGAAGAAAACUUUUGUGAAGAUUUAAUUCCUGAGUGCUUCAAAGAAUUGUACAAAAGACAGGAAUUGGCUACGAAAUGCAGGCCAAGGCCUUAUGAAAAGAUCAAAAUAUCAAAGACUAUCAGUAAGAGGCUAUAUCCUUCAUUCCACGAAUUAGUUAAUAGACACUGUUCGAUACCUCGUUUUAAAAAAUACUGCUCCUCCAUGGAUAGCUACAAGAAAUGUCCACUCACUACAAUAUCUCAGCAAGAAAAUAAAUUACACAAGUAUUUGCAUAAGCAAAAGUCUAAGCCAAAUCUUUACUGUCGGUACUGUUGUGUGUGUAGGCAUAAUGCAAGUAAAAAUAUGCAUUGUUUAAGGCUUCUCUGCAAAACUGAUUCAAAUGCAACAGCAUCGACAUCACAAGUGAAUAAGAAGAGCUCCAAAGCGAGUCUUUCUAUGAUACAGGAUAAAAGCACUUUGAGAACAAAUUCUAAAAAUCAAGUGGCUGUCAGUGGAGAAAAAGUUGAAGACAAGAAGAAAGAUGACAAGCAAAAUUCAAGCUUGCAAAAAAUUCAUAGCUGUGGGAGUGAACAUCUGAGAAAAAGAAGUGCAAACCAAUUUGAAGUAUCACUUAAUAAGAUCCAGAAGACAAAACAAAGCAACGAAAAAAAUAAUAGCACGAAGAAGAAGCCGAGUUCAACACUAGUGAGAAAAUCAAGUCUACCGAAGAAAAAGUCACAAUCUCAUAACCGAUCAAAUUCAAAGAUUAAUAAAAGCCAAAACGCAAGAAACAAGGACAAACUGCAUACAAAAUCUAAUACAACUCUGCCGAUUACCUUCAUAGCACAGGAACCUGUGAUACCAUGUGUUAAGAGUAUUUCAAGUAUAAACCUUCUACGGAUCAAUGUUAAAGAGACAAGCAAAUUAUUAAAAUCUAGAAAAUCAGACUCAGCUAUAAAUUUCCAGCAUCCUGAUAUGAUGCAAAAGGGAAAACCGUCAAGUAAAAUGAAAGAUUUGGAAGGAGGUUCAAGAAACCAACUCAGAACUCAACAAAAUAAUGAGACGGUCACUCAUAAAUCUGCAUCCAGCCAAAUCAAAAAACAAUCAGCAACAAAAAUUAGCCGAUCGCAUAGCAUGAACAAACUUGAACAAAUCAGAAAGAAGAGCCAGAGUACAAAUGGUAUUCCAGUGAUAUAUGGAAAGACAAAAAAGGCACAAUCGAACACUAGCGUUUGUACAGUCAGGAGCUCUACAGAUGAGACAAACAAGAAGCGGUCGUCUAAAAAUAGACAUAGUUCUGUGCAAAUUCGGCAGAAGAAAAAACAAUCUCAGGAUAGUGCUUCUUCAGUCCAAAGUCAGUCUACGAAUAAUAAUAAGAAACAGAAACGUUCUUAUAAUAUUAAACGUAGUACUGAAAAAUUGAAAAGUGAAGGGCAAAACAAAACGAACAAAACGCAAGCCAGGAGGUCAGGCACCAGCGUUUGUUCAAUCCGAAGCCAGAGAUCAAAUGACAAGGUUGUAAAAAAGUAUUUAGAUAGAGAUACACCGAGUAAAAAGAAAUUGACACGCACUAAGAUAUACAAGAGCAGUAAACCAGAAAUAAGCAUGUCAUCAACUCAAUCAAAAUCCAAUAUAGGCACUUCGCAGUCAGAUAGAAGUCUCCAAAGUGUUGGAAGUGCAAAUAAAAGCUCUUCACGAGUUUCUAUAAACACCGGACUAACCUCAAGUACGGAUGGCAGAAAGAAGUCGACAACAUCGAUAAGCAAGAGUUCAACAAAAAGGGAUUCCAGUCGGAGUAAAGAUAGAGUGAGAUCGAAGCAAAAAAGGAAACGUAAAAAGUUCUUAGUUGAUGCCAUGGAGUGUGUUUGUUGCAAGCCUGUGAAGGAUCGAAACAAAACAAGAAGACGACAGAAAAAACUGGAGUCUAAGGGGUUAUAUUAUCUCUAUUUGGAAAAGAAAGAAUUACAGUCGACCAACUGUAUGCAGGACAAGUCUACUAUCACUGACAAUCCAUGUCUAGCCCAGUACUUUUCUAGACUUGAGACGGUUGACAUGAACCAGUGCCAAGCUGAAUCGACUAAGCUACCAAGGAUGGGAUUCUGCCCGAUAACAUAUUGCCUCUCGAAGAAAGACAUCAAAGAGAAUUACGGGUGCAUGGCCCUUGUACCUCCUUUCUGGGUACUCUUCGACAACCUCAUCGCCAUCAUUUGGUCCUUGUAUUCGAAUUCGGAGUCUAAACAAGGGCUAGGUGAAUCACGAACUGAUACACAACUUAGUCAACAGUAUUGUCCAAUUAAAUUGGGGUUUGGAGUUUCUGCGCAGCACGAAAAAGGCCAACGGGAUGUACGUGAAGCCAAUUCUCACCCUCAUUCGAAUUAUAGAAGAGGAAAUAAUGAGAAGAUAUUGCGAAUUAAAGAAAGUUCACAUGACCUCACUGUACGGCUAGAAGUAGUCAUAAAUAGAAACCUCCGAGCGCCCAAUCAAUUCAAAUUCAUCUCUACAGUGCACACGUUUAAAAUGAACAAUGUUUUUGUUAAAAUCGACAUUCAUUUUUGUUACAUAUUAAUUACAUAUAAUCUCUUUAGUUGAAACGCGUUCUGCCGA